CGUCACUCAGCCCAGCAAACAUUGAGUCACGCGUUGAAUUGUGGGUAGAUAGCGUAUAUAAAACCUCGCGCGGCUGCUCGAGAUAAACUGAAGACGAGACAAGCUCUGACGUCAUACACAAGCGAAGAGAGGGACCAGCGGCUCUAUAAACAUGAACGUUUAUACCACGGGUCAGCAGUGGGUUAUCGCCCUUGUUUUGAUGACCAUAUGCAUCACGGAGGUUUUUUCUCAGGGUAGCCACUACAAACGGGUGUGUUACUUCACCAACUGGUCGAAGUACCGACUUGGCCAGGCAAAGUUCACGGCAGAUAAGAUAGAUCCGUUCCUCUGCACCCACUUGAUCUUUGCCUUUGGGGACUUUGAUGACAACGGAAACAUUCGUAAACUGGACGAAUAUCACGACACCAAAGAUUUUGAAACAUUUAAAUCACUGAAACAACAAAACACCGAGCUAAGGACAUUGCUAGCUAUUGGAGGAUGGAAUUUCGGAAGCAUCAAGUUCUCCAAUAUGGCCGGCAAUCCUAUGACCCGGAAGACAUUUGUGUCCAGUACUGUCAGCUAUCUGAGGUCAAACGGCUUUGAUGGCCUUGACAUUGAUUGGGAAUACCCGGCAGAGAGAGGGGGAACACCAUCAGAUAAACGUAAUCUGGUGACCUUGUGCAAGGAGCUGAAGGAUGCCUUCAUCACGGAGAGUCAGCAGGAGGGGAGAGAGCCCCUCCUCCUCACAGCAGCAGUCCCCGCCAGCCGAUACAAGGGGGAGGUGGGCUACGAAGUUCCAGCUCUCAACAACUACCUCGACUUCUUCAGCAUCAUGACCUACGACUUCCACGGCGGCUGGGAGAACAAUGUGGGACAGAACAGUCCCCUCAGCGCGUCCCCCGUAGAGGAUGGAGAUGACAAAUACCUCAAUAUACGUGAGGCGAUCAAGUGGUGGCACAGUGCUGGUGUUCCUAAACACAAGAUAGUUGUCGGACUGGCAUCGUACGGCCGCAGCUUCAAGCUAACUUCUAGUUCCUAUGGCCUUGGUGCUCCCGCUGUCAAAGGCAUUCCCGGACCUUUCACUCGUGAGGGGGGCUUCUGGGCUUACUAUGAGAUCUGCAUGGAAAUCGACAACGACUUCAACGGCGACCAUAGCGGCACCGUCUACUACGACACAGACCAGGAGGUCCCCUUCUAUGUUAAGGGCAACUUCUGGGUUGGCUAUGACAACGAGCGCAGCAUAAAGGCGAAGACUAAAUGGAUGAAGCAGAACGGUUUUGGAGGCUUCAUGGUGUGGUCCUUAGCCCUGGAUGACUUCAACAAGAUGUGUAACUACACGACCCGUAGCUACCCGCUCAUCCACGCCGCUAUAGAGGAGUUGGGCAACGUGGUCAUGCCAGCCCCCACCCAACGGCCGCCUGUCCGAAACACACCCUCUCCCCGGCGCAGAACACCACGUCCACAGCCCAACGGGGGUGCCGUUAGACCUUCACCCACUGUUGCCACCAACCGUCAGACACCUGGUGUCCAGCCUUUCGUACCUGAUGGAGGAUUCAUCGAAUGCCCAAGCAGAGGGCACCAUUACUUCCCUGAUCAUGCUGACUGCAAGAAGUACAUAGAGUGCCACGAAGGUCAACGUCACUCUAGGGGGUGUCCUAGCGGGCUUCACUGGGAUGUCAAGGUCAACGCAUGUAACUGGGAACACCUCGCUGGCUGCACGACAGGAUAGACAAGAUGGGGGGAUGGCGGCGGAUGGGGUGAGGGUGGUGGAUGGGGUCAGGGUGGGAGGAUGGCACGGGUCCCAGGGUGGGAGGAGAUAGUACAGAGGUAGAUGGUAUACCGCGAGAUGGUAAGGUGUAGGUGUACAUUUUGUUAAGACCUACGUUGUAAAGAUGUGACAGACCAUAUGAGUUUUGUAGCUAAGGAGUGGUACAAAUGCUGGAGACAUGACUUCUGCUGGAGAGGUGAUGAGGGAUGGGGAUUAGUUUAAUUUAAUUAAAUCGACGUUUUAAAGUAUUUUUGGUAAUGAUGGCGUGUGCACAUACAAUUGACCAAUGCAUAAUCAUCUAUAACCUUCCUUGUCAUAAUAUUAACGAUCUAAUCGUGUUGCACAUACGUCAUUUCAGCCCCUUUUAUUUCAAGUUUCAAAAUAAAUGACAAUUUAAUACAUAAUUACGAUUGCUACGUUUCAACAGUGCAUAUUUCAUUUAAUAUUUUAAUAACUUUGUUGCUGUGCUGUUGAAAAUGGUCUAUACACAUAGCGUGUAUAUAGGGAUAGCGUCAUUGGGUUGAGUAUCCUCUCUUGUUUUAUUGCAGUGGAAAUUGACAACCUUCCACCAAUGUGUCAAUUUACUUGUGUCUCUACAUUUCAUAAUGAAAUAUAAUUUUAUAACUGAAAAUUGAUUCUUCAGUUUUUCUCAAAAAUGUGGAUGAGGUUUUGCCAUUUGUAGUACGUCCAAGGUGUCCUCCUUAUUCAUAUAGUCUUUACCUUGAAACGUGUUUAUGAAGUUAGCGUUGUAGUUAAACAGUAAUGACAACGUUUCACCAAAGUGCCAUAUGAAAAUUUAACAUGUGUACGGAUAAGUGUCCACAAAUAUAUUACAAACAAGCUCAAUAUUGCCAAUAUCUCCGCUUAAAUACCAAUCUGCUUCAAUAUUGACAGUAUCGCAGUUUAAAUACAAAACUGGCUCAAUAUUGAUAGUGACAACUUCAAAUACCAAACUGGCUCAAUGUUGACUGUAUUGCAUCUUAAAUAUCUUGCCUCCACAUGUUAUACCGUUUUGUUAAAUAUUUUCAUAUACAUAGAUUUUUCAAUGUGUUGUUUUGUUUCUCAAAAUAAAAGUGUUGUCUUUCAAUUGUA